CCCUCUCCUUCCUCCGAUCCUCCCAAUGUGCUCCAGUCAUCGCACCCUCUCAUCCUGCACAAGAUCACACAGAUGCGCAAGGCCAAGGCGGGCCCAAAGUACCUGAACCAGCUGCUGCGCGAGGUGUCGACCUUCCUGUGCUAUGAGGCGACCGCGGAUCUGGAGAUGGAGCCCUGCGCGGUCACGUCUCGCCUCGGAGAGGAGAAGGGACAGCGAUUGGCGAAUCGCGUGGCCAUCGUGCCGGUGAUGCGUGGCGGGCUCGGGAUGCUCGAGGCGAUGACGGAGAUGGUUUGCAACGCGCGCGUGUACCACCUCGGCAUCUACCGCGACAAAAAGUCGCUGAUGCCGGUCGAGUACUACAACAAGCUCCCGAAGAGGGUGACGGUGCAGACGGCCUUCGUCCUCGACCCGUGCCCGCUCUCGGGCGCGACCGCCAUCGCCGCCAUCGACAUCCUCAAGGCGUGGGGAUCGACGGCCGACUUCAAGCUCCGCAUCAAGUUUGUCUGCAUCGGCGCCUCGCAGCAGGCGGUCGACAACAUCUCCUCCGCCCACCCGGACGUCCCCAUCCACGUCGGCCUCAUCGACCGGCUGCACGACCCGGACGGCGCGCCCCUCGCGCCCAUCCUGCCCGGGCUGGGCGACAUCGGGGACCGCCUCUUCGGGACGGACGGGAACGACGACUUUGAUGAGGACGGGCUCGACGGGGCGUAGGGGGGGCGCGACGCUCGCAUCCCCCUCGACGCAGGCGAGCCCGGCGUCGCUAGAGACAGUCGCAGAACCGUGGCGAUUGCGCGUCCAGCCGGCCUGCGACGGCAAGCGCCCGGGGGAAACCGGCACGCGGCGGCCUCUGGCCGCCUCCAGGGUGAAGUUAUUUGUCUCCGGACUCCGCAGAGGACUCUGCGUGCAGCCUAAGGGUGUUUAAGUAUAGAGAGUCACGA